AUGACGUCUCCACAUUCAAAGCACGUCGCGCUGGGGUCCCCCCGCAAACGAUCGGAGAGUGUUGUGUCUCCGAACCGGACAGAGCCCCCAACACAAGGACAAGAGAAUAGAGAUCGAGCACAUUCAAGCGCAGAUAUUCAAGAUUCACCGGCCACUGGCUUUGACCCCACCGAGCGUGUUUUCCCUAUUCGGUCGGUUGUUUCGGUCGAUCCUACAGUUGCCCCCCAGUAUUCGGCCCCAACGCACCCUCGGGAUGCGGUAUCACCAACCCGAGAUGGAGCGCGACAGUAUACGUUCAUCGACGAACGCACGUGGAAUCAACUGCACUCGCAGGCUAAUUCCGAUCACCUUCAUCACCCCGAUCCCGAGAACGCCGAACCUACCAUUCCCACCGAUAUUCCACGCCACGAGACACAUGUCAUAGAUGAUAAAACAGAACUUGCCACCCAUUCUCUGGCAUCGGAUGUUAUUCAACACCCAGAAGUCUACGCCAAACCUGUCCAAAGUGACCACCAGUCCCGAAGUGCAUCCAUCACGUCUGCAUCCGCUCAUACCCAACGCAGGAAUGCCGAAGACCAUGAUCAUGUUACUGCCCGCUUCAAACAUGUUAUGACGGAUGCCGGUCAUGCCGUCAUCACAGGAAGAGAUGGAGAAGCAUUCCAAUACUGCGAGGACGAGCCCAUUCGCAUCCCCGGUGCGAUCCAGAGCUUUGGUUUAAUGAUAGCCCUCCGCGAAGAGUCGCCAAAUCAGCUUGUGGUCCGUAUUGUAAGCGAGAACUCGGCUGAUUUUUUGGGUUAUUCGCCCAAGCAAUUGUUCGAGUUGGAAAACUUGUGCGAUAUUUUGAGUGAGGACCAAGCAGACAACCUGCUAGAUCACGUUGACUUUGUUCGUGAUGAUGCACAUGAUCCAUCCGUCGAUGGACCGGAAGUUUUCAAUAUGUCAAUCCGAACAGCUGAUGGGGAGCGCCGCAAAUUUUGGUGUGCCACCCAUGUCUCACAGACGCAAAAGGAUUUGAUUGUCUGCGAGUUCGAACUUGAGGAUGACCUUAUAAACCCGUUAAAUGUUGAGGGCCUUGAUACCCCGUCAGUUCCCGCGGACACCCUAGGGAUUGUUCCAACAGCAGAUCAACUCGCUGGGAGCACAAUCAACAUCAGCCAGCCUCUCCGCAUUCUCAGGAGUGCCCGUCGUAGGAAGGGCGAGGCGUCCUCCAUGGAAGCUUUCAGUAUCCUAACACAGAUACAAGAGCAAUUGGGGAGAACAAGAGAUCUGGACCAAUUGCUUAAUACAACUGCGGGAUUGGUCAAGGAGUUGACUGGCUUUCAUCGUGUCUUGAUCUAUCAGUUCGAUAGCAGCUGGAAUGGCAUGGUUGUCGCCGAGCUGGUUAAUCCCAACGCCACUAUUGAUCUCUACAAGGGUCUUCAUUUCCCUGCAUCUGAUAUUCCUGCGCAAGCCCGGGAACUUUACAAAAUCAAUAAGGUCCGGCUCUUGUAUGAUCGAGAUCACGUCACUUCUCGCCUCGUGUGUCGGACCUUGGAGGAUCUUGAAUCCCCCUUGGACAUGACUCACGCCUAUCUUCGCGCAAUGUCUCCAAUUCAUGUAAAAUAUUUGGCACAUAUGCAAGUCCGGUCUUCAAUGUCGAUAAGCAUCAAUGCUUUCAACGAUCUCUGGGGGCUGAUCUCCUGCCAUAGCUAUGGGAAUGCCGGUAUGCGCGUGUCAUUUCCCAUACGCAAAAUGUGCCGGCUCCUCGGCGACACUGUAUCUAGAAACAUCGAGCGGCUGUCGUAUGCCUCUCGGCUUCAGGCCCGAAAGCUGAUCAACACCGUCCCGACAGAGGCCAACCCAUCAGGCUAUAUCAUUGCGUCCUCAGAUGAUCUGCUACAACUGUUUGAUGCGGACUACGGGGUUUUGUCAAUUCGUGACGAAACAAAAAUUCUUGGUGACAACAAUAACUCUCAGGAGGUGCUUGCAUUGAUAGAGUUCCUUCGCGUCCGUCAGUUGGAUGCAGUGCUUGCGUCGCACGAUAUCGCUAAGGAUUUCCCUGAUUUACAUUAUGCCCCUGGAUUGAAGGCAAUAUCUGGUCUUCUAUAUGUCCCGCUCUCUACUGGCGGUAGUGAUUUCAUCGCAUUCUUUCGUCGGGGACAUCUUACUGAAAUUAAGUGGGCUGGUAAUCCUUACGAAAUUGAAAAAAGAAAACAGACUGCAGGAUAUCUGGAGCCUCGAGAAAGUUUCAAAGCAUGGCGGGAGACGGUUCUAUCGCAAAGUAGAGAGUGGACAGAGACGGACGUCGAGACGGCGGCAGUCUUGUGCUUGGUUUACGGUAAAUUUAUCAAAGUUUGGAGGCAGAAGGAGGCAGCUAUGCAGACCUCACAACUCACCCGACUGCUUCUGGCUAAUUCUGCACACGAAGUUCGGACACCUUUGAAUGCAAUUGUGAACUAUUUGGAGAUCGCACUCGAGGGUGCUCUGGACGAUGAAACCAGAGAAAGCUUGACAAAAUCUCAUUCGGCUUCAAAAUCACUAAUUUACGUGAUCAACGAUCUCCUCGACUUGACAAAUACCGAAAAAGGCCAGGAUCUCAUUAAAGAUGAGAGCUUCGACCUCCAAUCAACCUUUAGAGAAGCGGCUGAUAUGCUGUCUGGCGAUGCCAAGCGGAAGAACAUUUCAUACUCUGUUGCAGUUCAUCCAGGUAUUCCUGAGUCGGUUGUCGGCGACCAGCGUCGUGUCCGGCAAGUUCUCUCCAAUGUGAUCUCAAACGCCAUUCAGCACACCAAAUCUGGUGCGGUGACAACAAAAAUGUAUCGAUCUGCGACGCAAAGCAUGCCAGGUCAUGUGGGAGUGGAAAUUGUUGUCAUUGAUACGGGGGUCUCGACUGAUGAGACUUACUAUUCCGAAGAAGAAGAGAAACCGCAGAACUCAAAGUCAAAACGUGUAUUGGGUCUUGGUCUUGCUCUUGCAGCAAGAAUCGUUCACAACAUGCAUGGCCAGCUCGCUGUCAGAUCGGAAGAAGGGAAGGGUAGUCAUUUCAAGAUUAUAUUGCAGUUCCGUUUGCCAGAGGGGACAGCCGUGGAUGGAGAUGCAGAUGCAAUUUCUUCUCAGAGUGCUGUCGUUCCUACAACGCCUUUACUUUCAGAGAAGGAGUUUACGCUAAUUCCUGGAUCACAUGAUUCUUCUGAUACUAGGCGACGAAGCACGGAAAGCCUUCGCAGUGGUGGCAGUUCCCGCAGUGGACACAGUGGGCGUAGUGGGAAAAGUCAUGCCGACAGACUCAUCAGUGCCAUGCAAGAGCCUCCCCUCAAGAGAAGCAAUAGCCAAGAUUUGGAUCUGAAACGGCUGAACACCCCGUCGAGCCCUGUUAGCACCAGCAGCAAUCAUGCAAAUUCUUCUCUUGCAUCACCAUCUGCUAUAACCCGAUCAUUUCCCCCGCAGGAUUCACACUCAAGUUUGUUCUCUGUCACACGCACCCCACCACUCACUCUACAGCCACUUGUAACUCCCCCUCCUCCUGGUCUGGAGAAUAUCACAGACUCGGGAGUUCCGAUGAGUGCUUUACGAAUGUCACAACAUGCCGUCAAUCUCAAAUCACCGCAAAUUGAGCACAUCAGUGAAGGUGGCUCUUAUUUUCCAAGAGUUUCGCCAGUCACAGAAACAUCACAAGGUUCCUCCUCUGGGCCAUCUUGUGCCGCACCAACAACCACCGAACCUUCAACGACAGAAUACGAGCCACUCAACGUCCUUGUCGCCGAGGACGAUCCAAUCAAUAGCAAGAUCAUACACAAACGGUUGACCAAGCUUGGCCACAGUGUCCAGUUGACCAGCAAUGGUGAAGCCUGCACAAUUGCCUUUGCCUCCGCCACCAAAUCCUUCGAUGUUGUGCUGAUGGAUCUCCAGAUGCCGAUCGUCGAUGGAAUGGCAGCAACCCGGGCGAUUCGGGAGUUUGAAUCCAAGACACCCAAGGAAGCACUGUCCGACAAAGCUAUACGCAAUGACCGAGUACCCAUUUUUGCCGUCUCCGCAUCUCUAGUCGAACAAGAACUCGCAAGCUACGUUGACACUGGAUUUGAUGGUUGGGUCAUGAAACCUAUCAAUUUUCCUCGAUUAAACGUCCUUUUGAGCGGUAUCUGCGAUUCGUUCGCCCGACAAGCAGCCACAUAUACGCCUGGUGGGGAAUGGGAAAAUGGUGGAUGGUUCAACGCCAAGUAA